AUGAGUAAUAAACGAGGUCGACGUUCAAAUAAAAUUUGGGACUAUUUUGAAGAAGGACCUAAAAGAAAUACUUCACAUAAAGCAGCUAUUUGUAAUUAUUGUAAAAAAAAUAUUCUUAGCAUUUCAGAACAAAUGUCAUCAUCUAUUCCUUCAAUUACUAAUAUACCUAUAAUAACACCAUUACGAUUACAACAAAUACAAUCAGAAGCAAAUUUAAUUCAAUCAUCAAUAAACAAUUAUGCAGAUAAACCAUUUUCAACACAUAGAAAAAAAGCAAUUUACAAACAAAUUAGUUGUGCAGUUGCUUCAGCUAAUUUACCUUUUUCAUUUGUUGAUGAUCCUGAAGUUAAGAAACUAUUUGCUUUGUUUAAUUCAUAUUUUAAAUUACCAUUCCGAAAAUGGCUUAGUACAGAUAUAAUUGAGGAUUUGAAUAAUGAUGUUGUAAUUGAAAUUCAGAAUUUUAUAACUAAUUCACGUUUUAUAACUCUUUCUGGAGAUGGGUGGACUAGUCAAACGCGUAAUAAUAUUAUGAAUUACGUAUUAGUUGAUGAAAAUUGA